AUGGAAAUGGACCAGCCUGUUGAGUUGAUCCACCAGCAGGAGGACGACGAGCAACGCAGCAACAGCGAGGUGAUGGAUGUGGAGGAGGUGCAGCAGCAGCAUGAUGAGCAACAACACCAGUCAGCAACAACAACACCUGCGGCAGAAGAACCACCGUCACCGGCAGCGGUGCCGACAGACGACGCUGGCGCUGAGAGCGGCAGCGAAAGCAGACACGACACGCGCCAGGAAUCACUGGCUCAAGACCCUGACUCCGCCAUCAAGUUUCUCGUUCCGAACUUCCAGGCCGGCAGCUUGAUCGGAAAGAAGGGCGCGACAAUUAAAGACAUCCAGCUGAAGGCUUCGUGCAUGGUGGGAAUCGCGACGAGCGGGAUGUACUACCCAGGGACGAUGGAGAGAGCGGUGUUGGUGGCGGGCGAGACUGAGGGGGUUAAGCAAGCCUGCGGUCUGAUCCUGCACACUCUCCACGUCCCGGACAACAACGAAUCGGGAUGUGCAAAGCUUGUGAGCCAGGAAAAGGCGGAAGCUAUUGAAGUUACUCAGCGCUUGCUCAUCCCCCUCACGGCCGGCGGCUUGGUGAUCGGGCGCAGAGGAGCCAACAUCGCCGCCCUGCUGGCGGCCUCGGGCGCGAAGGUGACCCUGGGGCAGAAGGCAGACGUCAAGGUGCACGAGAGGCUGGUCACGGUGCAGGGCAAGCUCACGUCGGCGACCAAGGCCGUGGAGAUGCUGGUGGACAAGCUCGUGGAGGAGCCGGUGCUCUCCCGCUUCGCCAACCUCAGCGUCAACUACCGGAGCCACGCGGGCCCCCCGAGACCCCUCCACACCGCAGAAAGCAGCGUCGGACGCCGGCACGGAGCCGGACACGGCAGCUGCUGCUGCCGCCGCCGCUAG